AUGUCCGACCAGCUUCCCCAUGUCUCUCUCGUAUCCGAGACUCAUGUCGCGGAUGAUUUAGCCACAAAUAUCUCUCCGUUUGAAGGCCCAGAAAAACUUUUAGAAAUCUGGUUUGCCGAGUCGGCUGAUUCGGAAGUUGUCACAAAAACAGGUAAUGGACUGCGCUCGGUCCCGCGUGCGGUAUGGGAAGAGAUGUUGGAUAUUGUCAAGUGUAAAGUAUUAAGUGUUAUCGAGGGGAAGGAAAUGGAUGCCUAUCUUCUCAGUGAAUCGUCAUUCUUUGUGUCUCCCCACAAAUUGAUCCUCAAGACCUGUGGCACGACUCUAAACCUUUACGGUCUCCCGCGCAUCUUGGAUAUCGCGGCCGAGCACUGCAAUAUGCAUUCUGUCUAUAGAUGCUUCUACUCGCGCAAGAGUUUCAUGUUCCCUGAACGACAACUUGGUCCUCACAAGGAAUGGACAACCGAGGUCGGGUACCUCGAUACUUUAUUCAAGGAACGACCCGGCCUUGGACUCGGGGCCGGCGCUGGGUACACAGUUGGUAAAGUCAACGGCGAUCACUGGCUAUUGUACGUCAUCGAGCCAGAAGAUUCCGGGAGCGAGGAUGGUGAGCAAGAACGGGAACCGGUCGCUGCAACAAACAAGACGACCCCGCCUCCCGACUACACUGUCGAAAUCCUGAUGUCCAAACUUGGCGCUCCGGCCCGCCGCCCGUUCUUCUAUCACGAGUUUGACGAGAACAGCAAGGUAACCCCGCACGAACGAGGGGCUGCCACGGCCGAGGAGAUAGGCAUCGCUUCAAUUCUUCCCAAGUCGUGCACUACACUCGAUAGCUUUGCGUUCGAACCUUGCGGGUACAGCGCCAAUGCGCUUAUCGAGCAUCCUUUGGGGAGGGAUACUACACGAUUCACGUCACACCAGAGGAAGGGUGGAGUUAUGCCUCGUUCGAGUGCAACGUUCCGCUCGAAGCUGGACUCGACUCGGCCCCCAUCUUCCCCGAAUGAUAUGCCUACCUUGCUGGAACUCAUCAAACGGGUCACAUCGAUCUUCCAACCCGGACAUCUAUCCGUGACGUUAUUUGUCUCGUCCGAGGAAGGGGAAGACGGACAUGUGCCGCCUAUCGAAACGGCUCAACGAGUGUUCUCGCGCGCGUUGGUUGGAGGGGGGUAUAAACGUACCGACAAGAUCAACUAUGAGUUUGGAGGAUAUGAUCUCGCGUUUGCCAGUUUUGAGAAGAAGCGGCGAGUAGAAGGAGAGAACUGA